AUAAUGUGGAUAUGUAAAUGUAAAGAAUUAUAAAUUUUGUUAAGAAAGCAAUGAUGAUUUGAAAAACAUUUGAAUUCGAUUUUACAAAAGUCAUGACUUGGUUACAUCGUAGCGUUUUCCUUCUCUGUAUUUUCUACAUCGAGAAUGUGCACGUCCUUGCGUCAGAGGAGGCAUGCACAGUGAGACAAACGUCUUCUGAUUUAUUGGAAACAAAUUCGACAGAAAGACUCUUAUCUUUCGCGGUAGAUGAGAAGUUCAAAUCUCAUUCGAUUAAAGAAUUCCAUGAUACUUGGAAACUGUUUGGUGUCAAUACAAAAUCAGAUAUCGUCAGAAAAGGAAGAGAAUUUGCGGAGUUUGUGAAACAGCGAUUUGGCAUCGAUAUAAGCGCCCUAACGGAUGAGCAACUGUAUCAGGGCCAGCUCGUAGACUUGGGAGAUGUCGUAUUCUCUGGGUUUGUUUUUGAUGAUAAGCUAAGAUUAGUGACUGAAAUAAUGCAUGGUGUCCGUAAAGUGACGUACUACAACGACACACGUAGCAUGGAGAUUGGGUUCGUGUUAAGAGCAACAAGGUCUAUGGCAUCAAAAGGUCAGUGGAUUGGUACUUUUCUAAAAGAUGCGAUUGUGUCCUCGUGUAACAUACACCUUCCAAAAAGUAAAUGUGAUAAUGCAGAGGCUGACAUCAUAGUAGGCACUGCAACAUAUCCGUGGUAUGUUGAUGAGGAUGGAUUUACGUCAUAUGAGUAUGCGGUUUACUCCAACAAACAUGGGCAAGGGAUACUGCAUGGCAUAGGAAUGAAGUUUCAAGCCGCAGGCGUGGAUACCGUGACUAUGAAAUUCUUCUGAUUCAAAUCAAAAGAAUUAAGAAUAAAUAUAUCUUUCAGACUGAUAAGACUCUUGAGAUAUUAUGCGUAUAUUAUUUGUUUUAGACAAGGCAUGAAGAAACAGGCUAUACCAGUGUUCAGAUCAAGGUGCUAGUUAGAUCUGCCAAAAUGCAAAUAUUAGUUUUUCUUAUCUGUUUAUCAUAUUAGAAU